CAAAACCGCUAUGGAUGCGUAAUUCAAAGGAAGUGGCAAAAGAAGAGUACAAUGAGUUCUACAAAAAAAAAAUUCAGGUGAGGUUGAGUUCAGGAGCAUUUUGUAACGAGGAUGUGAAAAACCCUAAGACAAAGAACAUUCGACUUUACGUUAAGCGUGUGUUUAUCUCUGACGAUUUUGAUGGAGAACCUUUCCCAAGAUACUUGAACUUUGUGAAGGGUGUGGUGGACUCAGAUGAUCUUCCUCUUAACGUUUCCAAUGAAAUUUCUCCAAGAAAGCAGGAUUGUGAGAAUCAUGAGAAAGAGGCUCAUUAGGAAAACCUUUGACAAGCUUGGGUGAAUACAUCGAGAACAUGGGAGAGAACCAAAAGGUGAUCUACUACCUUGCAACCGAUAGCUUAAAGAGGGCCAAGUCCAAAAAGACAUCGAGGUUCCAUACUUGGUUGAUGAGGUUGCAAUUCAGAAUUUACAAAUCUACAAAGAAAAGAAGUUGGUUGAUAUCAGCAAAGAAGAUUUGGAACUUGGUAAGUAUUAUUUUCGUCAAACCUCGUGCAUUUGUUUGUAACAAAUUCUCUCUUUUCUCGCAGGAGAUGAAGAUGAAGUAAAGGAUGUGACAGUGGAGGAGUACGUCGUGGUGGUGUAUACGGAGGAGGAUACCACAGAGGUUUCCUCAAUUUUUGUUUGUCACCAUGCCUUAGUUCCUUGCGUGUUGUUGUUACUUGUUUUCUUAUAUUCUUCUUUGAUUCUUUGCAUAUUUACUUGUUCACUUGCAUUCAAACAUGCUUACAUACACAUUCAUAAUUGCUUCUUUGUUUCA